UUCUUGCCGGUGUCACGGCGGUGUAAAUAAACAAUGCCGUUUGUUUGGCCGUAGAGGGUCUGGCUGGAACAUUCUGCUGUCACCGAAGCGCAGGACUGAAAUCUGCUGCGAGACAAAUAGAGAUAUCAUUACUCUUUGAGUGGAGUGAGUCGGUUCCUCCAAGCCAUGCACUGCAGCUGCGUAUGGAGCUCCAGGACUCUGUCCCCGGCCCUGCUCCCUAGGCUACUGUCCCAUGCAGGAUGCUGGGCUCCGGGGACCAGGCCUAGGGGUAUCUGGAGCUCCCCCCGGAGCCUGGCCUCGGCUGUAGAGACCACGCAGCCCAUCCCCCUGCCCAGCCAAGCCCGCGUGGUGAUCUGUGGAGGGGGCAUCGUAGGGACGUCUGUGGCCUAUCACCUGGCCAAGCUGGGCUGGACUGAGAUCGUACUAUUGGAGCAGGGAAGGCUAGGCGCUGGCACCACCAGGCUGUGUGCUGGGAUCGUCAGCGUGGCCAAGCCCAUCUCCAUUGAGUGUAAAAUGGCUGACUACUCCAACUCCCUGUAUGAACACCUGGAGGAGGAGACUGGGGUCAAGACAGGCUACGUGAAAACAGGCUCUCUAUGCCUGGCCCAGAAUCAGGACCGUUUCCUCUCCCUGAAGCGUCUGGCAUCCAGGCUGAAUGUCAUGGGGAUCCCCUGUAACGUGAUCAAACCCAAAGAGGUUUCCAAGCUCCACCCCCUGGUGAAUAUUCAUGACCUGGUGGGGGCUCUCCACCUGCCGGGGGAUGCCGUGGUGUCACCGCCUGAUGUCAACCACGCCCUCGCCACGGCGGCAGCCGGACACGGAGUCCAGAUCCACGAGCGCACCACAGUUAACCAUGUGAUGAUGGAGAAGGGACACGUGACGGCAGUGGAGACGGACAGAGGAGCCAUCGAGUGUGAAUACUUUGUCAACUGUGCAGGACAGUGGGCGUAUGAGCUGGGCCAGGCCAGUGAGACCAAGGUUUCUGUUCCUCUACAUGGAUGUGAACACUUCUACCUGCUGUCCAAGCCUCUAGCAGAGCCUCUACAGCCCAGCACCCCAGUGGUGAUAGAUAUGGACGGGAGGAUCUAUGUGAGAGCUUGGCAGGGAGGGGUCCUGUCUGGAGGAUUUGAGAAGAAUCCUAAACCCAUCUUCACCGAGGGACGGAACCAGCUGGAGAUUCAGAACAUGCAGGAGGACUGGGACCACUUCGAACCCAUGCUGUCAGCCCUGUUGAGGAGGAUGCCAGAGCUAGAGGUGUGUGAGAUCCAGCAGCUGGUCAACUGUCCCGAGUCGUUCACCCCAGACAUGCGCUGUCUGAUGGGGGAGACACCGGGGGUACACGGCUACUUCGUCCUGGCUGGAAUGAACGCCUCUGGCCUGGCCUUCGCUGGCGGAGCAGGAAAGUACCUGGCAGAGUGGAUGACGUACGGUUACCCCACGGCUAACGUGUGGCCGCUGGACAUCAAACGCUUCGGCAACCUUCAGAGCAGCAGAACCUUCCUCCGACACAGGGUCAUGGAGGUCAUGCCCCUGCUGUAUAACCUAAAGGUUCCUCGUUGGGACUUCCAGACGGGCCGGCAGCUGAGGACUUCUCCCCUGUACGACCGUCUGGACACACAGGGAGCCAGAUGGAUGGAGAAACACGGCUUUGAGAGGGCCAAGUACUUCAUCCCUGCAGGGAAGGACCUGCUGUCUCUGGAUGCCAGUAAGACGUUCUAUAAGCCUGACUGGUUUGACAUCGUGGGGUCGGAGGUGAAAUGCUGCAAGGAGGCGGUCUGUGUCAUCGACAUGUCCUCCUUCACCAAGUUUGAGCUCACUUCUACAGACGACCAGGCGUUGGAGUUGCUACAGCACCUCUGUGCCAAUGACCUGGACGUGCCAGUGGGUCACAUCGUUCAUACGGGCAUGCUGAACGAGAGGGGCGGAUAUGAGAACGACUGCAGCGUGGUCAGAGUCAAGAAGAACAGCUUCUUCAUCAUCUCUCCUACAGAUCAGCAGGUCCACUGCUGGUCGUGGUUGAAGAAGCACAUGCCCGACGACCCACAGCUCCACCUAGAGGACGUCAGCUGGAAGUACACUGCGCUGAAUCUUAUUGGUCCGCGGGCGAUGGACGUCCUAGGAGAACUAUCGUAUGUCUCCAUGACUCCCGAACACUUCCCGUCCCUCUUCUGUAAGGAAAUGAGUGUGGGCUAUGCCAAUGGGAUCCGAGUAAUGAGUAUGACCCAUACAGGAGAGCCGGGCUUCAUGCUUUACAUACCUAUAGAGUACGCGCUCCAUGUCUACAACGAGGUGAUGUCAGUGGGUCAGAGGUACGGCGUACGUAACGCUGGGUACUACGCCCUGCGUUCUCUCCGGAUAGAGAAGUUCUUUGCCUUCUGGGGUCAGGACCUGGAUUCCUUCACCACGCCCCUGGAGUGUGGACGAGAGUUCAGGGUCAAGUUUGACACGGACAUAGACUUCCUGGGUCGAGCGUCUCUGCUGCAGCAGCGUCAGGAGGGGGUGAGCCGUCGCUUCAUCAUGUUGGUCCUGGAGGAUCACGACACAGAGCUGGACCUGUGGCCCUGGUGGGGAGAACCCAUCUACAG